UCCCGCGGGUGGGUGGGAGCCGUGUCCCCUCUGCGCCGCACACAGCGGCGGCAGGCGGCCAUUGGGAGCCGGCCGGUGCCCGCCUCCCCGGCUGCCUCCGUGCCGCGGGGGGUGUGUGACAGGCGGGCAGGGCGAGCGCGUCACGCCGCCCGCGCUCCGCCUCCCGCUCCUGCUCCCGGCGCCGCCACCUCGGCCCGGCGCGGGCAGGCGCGCGCGGCGCAGCCAUGGAGCCGGAGUGCCGGGUGCUCUCCAUCCAGAGCCACGUCGUCCGCGGCUACGUGGGCAACAAGGCGGCCACCUUCCCCCUGCAGGUUUUGGGAUUUGAAGUUGAUACGGUGAACUCUGUCCAGUUUUCAAACCACACAGGCUAUGCCCACUGGAAGGGUCAGGUGUUGAAUUCAGAUGAGCUGCACGAGCUUUACGAAGGACUGAAGCUGAACAAGGUCAACCGCUACGAUUAUGUGCUCACAGGGUAUACAAGAGACACAUCAUUUCUUGCAAUGGUGGUGGAUAUCGUCCAGGAGUUGAAGCAACAAAAUUCUAACCUCGUGUAUGUGUGUGAUCCAGUGAUGGGUGACAAGUGGAAUGGAGAAGGCUCUAUGUAUGUGCCCAAGGAUCUCCUGCCAGUCUACAGGGACAAAGUUGUACCUGUUGCAGAUAUAAUCACUCCUAACCAGUUUGAAGCUGAGUUACUCACAGGCAGGAAGAUUUACACAGAAAAAGAUGCACUGGAGGUAAUGGAUAUGCUCCAUGCCAUGGGACCAGAGACUGUGGUGAUCACAAGCUCAGAUCUACAGGCACCUCUAGGAAAUGACUACCUGAUUGCUCUGGGAAGCCACAGAAAAACUAAAGCAGAUGGUACCAGGAUAACACAGAGAAUUCGAGUGGAGUCUCCCAAAGUGGAUGCUGUCUUUGUGGGAACAGGAGACUUGUUUGCUGCUAUGCUUCUGGCAUGGACACACAAGCACCCAAACAAUUUGAAGGUGGCAUGUGAAAAGACUGUGUCAGCCAUGCAGCAUGUUCUGCAAAGGACCAUUAAGAGUGCAAAAGUGCAAGCUGGAGAAGGAAACAAACCAAACUCAGCCCAGCUGGAACUGAGAAUGGUCCAAAGCAAAAAGGACAUAGAAAACCCAGAGAUCAUAGUGAAAGCCACCGUGUUAUAAAGGCUCCACGUCUCCAAUAACGCACAAUGUAUCCAUGUCCUCAUUUCUUUCCUGUAAAUUGUAAUAUUUGCCUUAGAUCUGUGACAGAAACCUGACUUUCAUGAAAUAGUGCCCAGCAUAGGCAGAUAUCCACUCUCAAACAUAUGUGCUGGCCUUGCUCAGUUUUAAAUCCAGAACAGUUAGUGUGCAUCGAAGCCUAUUCCCAGGUAUCCCAAUGUCUGUCAGAUUCACUUAGUCUGUGUGAUUACCCAGGGCAAGAGAGCAAUGUUCCUGCCUUGCCAAAGAUGUGAAUUUGCUAAUGGAAUGCUUGACUGACUGGAAAAUGUAUUUCAAGAUGGCAUCUAGUGCCAAUGGAGCUGGCUCCAUGCUCCCUUUUCCUGGAGGUACCUGGUUACCUACCCUGGUAUUCAGUAUCUCAGCUGCUACGAAACUAAGCAGGGUUAAAGCUACACACACAGCUCUGCUCGUGUGUAGGAGUACCGUGAAGAUGUCUGGCGUGUUCAGUACUCUGAAGUGACCUUGAGGUGUCAUUCAUGUUGCUGAUCUCUGCUCCUGUUUCUUGUCCACGAACAGCUGCACAAGUUCAGUUGGCACAGGUUCUGGCUGCUUAUUUCUCAUGUCUGUGGGUGCCCACUUGAUUUUCCUCCAAAAGCUGCUCCAAAAACAUCUUCAUCAACAAGAUCAUGCCUUUAUUCAGUACCACUGGUUAGAAGGGCGGCCUCUGAGGCCAGCUUUGAUUCUCUUUUAACUAAGGGCAAAAGAGAAAGCAGCUCUUAGCCUGGAGUUGGCUGCCUUGGUUUGUUCAUUGUGGCUGGAUGUGCUUAGAAACUACCUGGGCACUUCCCUUAACAUUAGUGAGCCCUGCUGGCAGCCUUAGCAAUGAAGCCAUGUGGCAAAAGUAGCAUUUUUGGUUUAAUAAGACCUGGUCAGUUAACACAUGUUUACCAAAUGCAGUGAAGUAGAAAAAUCAACUUAUUCAUGAAGUCUCUGCAAGCAACACCAAUUAGAUAUUACAGAAAUACAUAUUAUUAUUAUUAUUAAUGCACAAUUCUGCUUGAUAAGGCUUCAGAAUGGGAUUGUGAAUAAUUUCAGUGUCCCCUGGCUCAUAGCCACAUACUAAAGCAGCAAGGCAGCUCUGCUGACAGGGAUAGGACACUGACACUUGUGUAGGAUUUCUGUAUGGGAUCCAUGUUCUUGCUUGUCCCAAGAUAAAGUCUAGUGUGACGUUAAAUCCAGAUCAAAUUGAGGAGCUUUACUUGUCUCAGGCUGCAUAAGGGGAUGGAAAAUGCAUUUCUGAUUGAUUUCCUCUCCUGCAUUUGGCAUCAGAAGUGAAAAAACAAAUUAUGUUACUUGAGAAUUUAAGGAAAAAAAAAUCAGCAGGAAUUUAUCUACAAAAUGAGACUCUACAGCCAGUUUUAGUAACCACUGUAAUGAAAUAAAUUUCUAGCAAUAAUACUUUUGGUGUUGGGCAGAGUUGCUAAAAUCAUCAGUCAGUAACAGAGAUAUGAGCUCAUGGCUGCUGCCCAACCCAUAAAAAGAUGUGACCUGCCUUGACAGUGUGUACAAGUGUCUUAUGGGAAGCAGUGAAGAAGGAACCAGGCUCUUCCCAGUGGUGCCCAAGGAAGUGAUAAAUAGACAGGAGCACAAAUCGAAAUACAGGAAAAUCCAUUUAAACAUUAAAAAAAAAUGUAAUUCACUGUGAAGGUGAUCAAACACUGGCACAGGUUGCCCAGAGAGGUUGGGUUGUGGAGUCUCUAUUCUUGGAGAUACUCAGAUGCUGACUGCACAUGGCCCUGAGCACCCUGCUGUACUUGGCCCUGCUUGCUCAGAGGUUGGAGCAGAGGAUCUCCAGAGCUCCCUCCCCACCUCAGCCAUUCCAUGAUUCUCUGAGCAUGUUGAACAACCUUUCUUUGCAGCACUACAGUUUUAAAAUUUGUUCUCCCUGCAACACAAACUUCCAGAUGGGCUGGAAAAUACUCAUACUAAUAUUCCCCCCCCCCCCCCUUUUUAGAUAAGCUGCUGUUUGCUUGGGCAGCUGUGCCAGAAGACAAUUACCUCUUUUGAGAUACUUGCUUUCAGCAAAGAUAUUUAAAUACUGUAGCUGGUGAUAUGUUUCAGCACUUGGACAUGAAAAGGAUUUUAACUGUUUCUAACACUGAUUAACCAAGUGCUGCAUGCCAUAUUCCAAACAUAAGAAGGAGUUUAUUAAUCUUUUAAAAUUAGACUAUUUCACGUGGAAGUGUAUAAUCCCUGCUAUCCUCUCAGGAAGAAGGGAUCAACAUCCUGAACUUCCCUGCCUGCACAGACAAUGGUCAAUGCCCUUUUACUAAGUGUGAGACAGCACAAUUUUAUUUUGCCAGUAGAAUAAACAGACUUCACAAGAGGAUUGAGAGCAAGGCAAGGGCUGUUUUCUCUGAAAUAAAGAAGCUUGGAGUUUGGGACGCUUGGAGCUACCUUGCAAACAAGAUUUUAAUUAUAAACCGUGAGGAGCCAUGGUCUUGACAUAAAAGACAAAGUGAUAUGUUUGUUGGAGCAGUUUACACCUGUUAGGUGUAAUCUUUGCCCACUUCUUGAGAGAAUGGAUCUGUUCAGUAAUUCACACCUUUCUUAGAAUCUGUAACAUAACCAUGUUAAAAAAAAAAAAAAAAAAAAAAAAGACUAUUCAUACUAAUGUGCUCAAUUUGCAGAAGUUCUGUUUCACAGUAGCUGGAUCCUGUAGCAAUGGGCUGCUGGCUUCAUCUGCUUGAGUCCCUGAGGGUUGCUCAUGUGAAUCCUGUUUUAAACUCCCACUGACCUGAUCCAAAUGAGCUCAGGUUUUUAUCCUCGGUGAAGAAUUGGGCUUAACAUCUCUUGCCAUCAGAAAUCACCUGUUAAUAUAUUCUGUAGCUAAUGUUUUGUAGCCACAGCAGGCUAACAGGUAUUUUUGAAUGUCAAGGUACACAUUUUUAUUUGUUUAGAGUUACACAAAGCUCACGUGCAGAGCAAAAUUCAAAGACUCAGCACAGUCCUGUCUAAUACUCCAUUCCCUUCUCUCCUCCUGCAUGUUAUACCUGUAUCUUUUCCUGAGUUCCUGCUGUCUGUCUCAUGCAUCUGUCUCAGUGUCAGACAGUGCCCACUGUUUAUUUAGGGGCUUGGAGGAGCCUGAGCAGCAUUGUCUGAUUCACUUGCAAACCUUUAGUUAAAGAUAAAAGGUUAAUUUAAACUAGCUUAGGUCCCAAUUGAUGACAGGAGAACAAGCACUUUAGCCCAGAGAUGGAGUUUGUAAUAAUGGAUAAUCUUUCCUGGCCAUCCUGGGAGCAGGAAAGGUGUAAGCCAGCAGUGCAGCCCUCACCUGCUGGGGACUGGUGGCUUCAGUGCCACCUGUGUGGGCUCAGAGGCACAGGAGGCUUCUCUUGCUGCAGCACAUGGAGCUGUGGGAGAGGUGAAUGCUUUGUGUUUGUGUCCACUCGACUGCCCUCACGUUCUUUCUCCAUUCUGGAAUUAAUUUGUGUCAGAUCCCCUUUUCCUGGAGUGAUUUGCUGUGCCUGUGGCCACUGCUCAAGUCCACUCACUCCUUUUUGGAGCCACCUGUGCAGGAGAGACCAAAAGUUGUUUACAAACCAUCUACUCUGGGCCUGGAUUAGUCUCUACAUGCUGAGAAUUGAGAAGUGCAUAAAGACAUUGUGCUAAAAUCACUGCUAUUCACACUCAAUAGAAACACUUCAGAAACCUGCAGUAUGAAUUGUUAAUGUUUGUGUGCUGAUUUUUAUCUCAGAUGGGGAGAAAUCCAUAAUCCAUGUGUUACACAAAAGAAUUGGAGGACCAAGGUUUCCAGCUACUCAUACUGCCUUUUGAGUAUCUUAACUGUGUCUUGAUUGGAUGGUGUUAAUUUGUUGUCUGAGACUGUUAAUGGUGAUUGUAUUGAUUAAUUUUAUUUUAAAAUAUGUGGCAAGGAAGAUUGUAAUAAAAGCAUCUACCUUUAUUAUACUGUGCACACACAAAUUGUUAGAUCCUAUUUUUAAAUAUGUUAAUCAUUUCCAAAUUAAACAGCACAAGAAUGGUUUGAUAGUCUUGCUGAAUAAAGUGGAUGUAAUUAAAUGUUUCCUUAGUUAUGUCCUAGGAUAGAGAAAGGGUAGUUAAUGGAAGAGAGCACAUUUGUGCCCUGUAAUCACUUUACUGUAAGAUGUGGAUGUGGAAGUAUCAUCCUUGUUGUCUUAAUUUAUUUUUUAAGAGGUUCAUGGGAAGAAAGUCUCUGGCAUUCUGCACCACUCCCUUGCAUUCUUCUUGCUUGUAUGUGUAGGACCUCAUUGUGUUGUGCUCUUUUUUCCUGCAAACAAGGUGAGCAGAGAGGCUUGGAGUAAGAGCCAUAACUCAUUUUGAGAUCUCUUCCUUGUGCAGCAUUUGUGUGAAUUUGUACCUUCACUGUGUAGGGUAGAGCACACAGGGCUGUAGAGUGGGAAACAAAUGUUCCUCAUGUGGGAACAAGAGCUUCUGCCAGCACUCAGCAGUGUCCCUGCCAGCGUGGUGGUUUGCAGGAGGAGGAGAGCAGGGAUCCAGGUUGAGGAGAGCAGGAAGUGCUGUGUCAUUCCACUUGUGUCCUGGAGAGGUUUGGUUUCUAUUUAUACUGAAGAGAAAAACACCCCUUCCAAGUAAAGGUUCUUGUCCAGGUGAAGAACGCUUUUAAAAGCUGAGACAUGUUACAAAUUUUGGUCACUCUGGUAGUAAAAUAUUUCUUCAUAAAGGGAAACACAUCCCUUUUACAUCCCCUUGCUGCUCGACUGGCUUAUUGGCUGUAGUCACUGUAGAAUCCCAGGAUUAGAUAUCCAGAGAGCUGUUCUUCCUGCAAGCACAUGUUCUUCGUGUUCCUGGUAAGUGAGAGCCUGCUGAGCAGUUCUGUAGCCUUCUGAAACACCUCCAUUGGAGACAUUUGUCAGCCAUGGAAACUAAGCUUCGUGAUGUUCAAUCACAGCCCAAAAAUAGCUCUUUCAAAGAAAUGGAAACUCUUGAAAGGGCAUCAUUGUCCUUAAAUGAGUAAACCAGUGAGUUUGUACACGCAUGCAGGAGCAGAGUUCAGGUGCACCCCCAAGGUUCAGUCAGCCACUGGAGGAGUGUGCCCUGAGCAAGGGCUGCUGCUGCCAGGGCGCUGCUUCAGGAGACACCCAGCCAUUGUCACCAUUUCCCAGAAGGGAGGAAUGUGGUGUGGCAUUCAGCAGCCAGGGAACCAGUGCCAGGUGACAGCCCCAGUGCCGCCAGUUUGGUGCUUUGGCUGCUCUGGCAGCAGAGGACCUCGAGGCAGGUGGGAUGCUGCUAGAUGUGCACACAUUUCCUGAUCAGUGCCUCCACAGUGCAAAUAAUGGUAAUAAAUCCCCCAACGGGCAGAGCAGUGAAUAAGGCAGCACAUUAUUCAGAGAGAGAAAACCAGCAAUAUGAGAAGGCUGUGCCAUAUGUUACCACUGAAAUCACACCUUACCUAUUGCCCUCGUGGUUGCAUUGCUGUUUAGAAAAAAAAAUCUGUGUGUAGAAGAGUGUAAUUUAUGUACUCUGUGUGUGUGUGUGUGUAUGUUGAAGCUUUAUUUGCAAUGUGGUAGGGGUGGGAAACAGCAUUUGGGGGGCUGGCUGAGUAGGCCUUCAGGAUGUGAGCAGAAGGUCUUAAAGAAUUAUAUUUUUAUAGAUUGUGCUGAAGCUUUGGGUCCCAGCCACACACAGCCUUUUCUUCCAGAGAAGUAAAAUGGUUUGGAAAGAGAGUCAGGUGGCUGUAAUAUAGUAGGGAUAGUACAACCCCACCAGCCCUGGACAAACUGAAUAACUUAAUAAAAGAUGCCUUUUUAAGUAAUAUUUUUUUAGUGCUGAAUUGUUAAACAAAGAAAUAUUUAUGAGCAAACUUUCUAUGUACUUAAAGUUUGUGUGGUGCUUUGUACUGACUAGGUGGACCUGUUAUCUGUUUACACAUCUUAAAUGAUUGUCCUUGAGGUGUGUGUGUAGUAAUUCAACUACUUCUGUGCCAGAAAAACAAUGAAUUUCUGUGUAAUAGCAAACGAUUUAAUUUCUGAUGAAACUGUAGGCUUUCUAGUGUUCGUGUAUUUUUCUGGUUGGCCAUUACAAGUUGUAUCCUUCCUGCAGUAAGGCUUCUACCUUGUAGAGAGAGGCAAUAGGAUGGUAGAUAACCAUUGUUUAAAAAGAAAACCCUAAAUAUUGCUACCUUAUCCACUUUAAAAUCAGGUAAGCUUUGUGGCAUAAGCCUGGAAUUUUUGCACUGGAAAGAAGUUUCAAAUACAUCUAGGUUAGGUUAAAAAUUGGGGAUGGGUUUGUUUAUUUAACUAAAUGAGACCGGGGGGGGUCUUAAAAGUGCUUAAUAGCAACAUGGACAAGCCAAGAGAUGGAACAAAAAUGGCUUUUCCCCAUUGUAUGGACCUGACCAAGCUAAUUCACAGCUUGUGCUAAACCUGUGCACAGACAGCUGAAUAGGCAAAUGAGGAAAGUAAAGAUUUUUUUUUCCCUGUAGUUUGUCAGCUGUAAUAGCCUGAAGAAUUUCAGUUGUUUGUUCUGAAUUCAAAUUCAUAAAUACCUUUCAGGAGAGCUGAGUUCCUGAUAAAAUCCCAUUCAGUCAAAAGGCAAAGCUGCUCACGGGGUUCAAAACCAGAGCAGGAUUUUUUUCAUCUUGCUAAGCAGAGUGAGUCUUUUGUUUCUUAUGGCUGGGAGACCAGAGCUAAAGCACAACUGUCCAGAUUAAUUUUUUUGGUUGAACUUUGAGGGUCUCUGUAAAAAGCACAAGGAUCUGCAUCAUAAAGGAGUUUUUGGAGCAUUGUCCUAUGAUAAAUGCCAUUACCUACCAGAGCAGUUGGUGAUUUGGCAAAACUGAGCACCACUUGUUACGUCCCUUUUAAUUAACAUGGCAGCAUCCUCACUCUUGUGAAUAAAUCACCACUGCAAAAAGCAGAGGAGAAUUUUUCCUGAGUUUUUCUCCCGAGAGUUCCCGAUUUCUGGAUGUGUUAAAAAAGAAGCGCUUCUGCUUUGCUAAGUUAGCAGUGGAAAUGUCACAGAAAUGAAUAAUGCAUUGCUGAGGAGGGAGGCUGUGGCAGGGAACAGCAGUGCCUCGGGUUUGUUGUGCCUGGCUUUCCUCCCCUGGGAAUCCGUGGGUGCAGCGUGGUGGUGGCAGAGGGACUGUUUUCCCUGCAUCCUCCUGCGGGGGAAAUGUGGAGGAGUUAACUCUGAGCAAGUGGGAGCUGAGGCUGGUGGGAGCUGUUGGGGAUGUUGGGCAGUGCUGUCCCAAGGCUGUGGUUCAGCACAGCUCUUUGUGCACCCAAAAGCUCCUGGUGUACAGCCCCCUGCUCUCCUGGCCACGGCGUAAUUCCCUUAGAUUUCUCCUGCAGGCCAUGGAGAACCAAGAGACUCUGGAAGUGCAUUAUUCAGAUGAUUCAGGCUUGGCUUUUGUGCUUUUGAAAAGAAAGGUAGAGAAGUAUCAGCUGCUGUGGUAGACCUACCUUGUCCACCUCAGCUACACCAUAAAACUGCCCUGACCUUCCUCUCCCAUCAUCUCUGCUGUCCCUGAUUUGCCUCUCCCCGUAACAAGGGACAUGAAGGAGCUAAAAUCAAUGGGGGAAUUCAUCCAGCCAAAACUCCUGAAGUUUUAAUCUUCUUUAGUUCCCUUAACCUCCUCGUGCUAGAACAGAUGAGUGCCCGUGCUGCUGCCAGAGAGGGUCUGGGACAAUGCAGCUGCUCAAAAGGAGGGAGAGUGGAGUUGCCUCUCCCUGGCAGUGAGGUGCUGGCUGAGCAGGACCUAAUUGCAGAGCUGCAUUGUUAAUGGUAAAGAAAGGAAAUCUCUGUAGUGAAGUACUUGAAAGAAGAGCUGGUGAUACAAUAAUCAGUGUUUGGUGUUCUCAAUCCAUCCCAUUCCCUGUGUAGCAGAAAUAUUAUAGUACUAAAAGAUUUGGGGUGGCUGUUCUUAAUGAACUGUGUGAUGCUUGUGCCUAGCAGAGCAGGAAAUAGCAUUGAAUAAAUCAGUGCUCUAGAUAGGGAAUGUAAUGGGGAGAUCCAAGUGGAGAAAAUGCCCAGUUUGUUUUCACAGCACCUGAAUGGUGUCAGAGUUGUCCAGGUCUGGCUCUUUUCCUUUCCACCCCCUUUAAGAAAGGAAAAAAUGACAUCAAUAAAUCUAUAAAUAAAUAAGGGGCAGUUUGCUGGGAAUUAUGAGGCAUUAGUAUUAAUUUUCAUUGACAGAUUGAUAAGAUUUUCCACCCCAGAGGUCUCUAGUUCACAAGGGCUGUCAGAGGUGUGAUGGAGCCCGUCACAGCUGGCCUGGAGCACAGUCCUUGGGACACAGCUGUGACAGAUGGCAUUGGGAUGCCACCUGCAGGCGCUCCUGUCCUGCAUUUGGUACAUUCACAUGCCUGCUAGGUGUGAAUACAUGCCUUGGUGAGGAGGAAAUUUGAGAUUGCCAUUUGCUGUCAGUGUUUGUUGGUGCAAUGCAUCCCCUUUCAGUGUUGUUUUCUUUCUGGGAGGUGGGAGACUGGCAGCCCAUAUUCUGCUUUAAUAUGCUUUUAUCUGGCUGAAUGUGGAAAACUAAUUGAGAUUGUUAAAAAUGGAGGGGAGGGAUAGCUAUGAAUUUGCCUAGGACCUUUGUGAGUAGAGAAAUACGAGAUUUGUCUCUAAUUCAGAAAUAAUUCAGUAUUGACCAAAUGAGUGCCAUGUCUUCAAUGGGCAAUAGCACCUGGAAGAGGCCAAUAUUUAGGGUUUUUGCCCAAAGCACAUUUAGCCCUGCUCUACUGUUUAGUGAAAAUGCCCAGUGCAGAUGCCACCAGAGCCUCAUCUCAUGGAGUAAUGCUGUAAUAAAGAAUGUGGUUUUCUUGUGCAAGUCUUGACCUCUUCUUAUGAAAAUAACACACAACUCAGUAUUUUCAUGGUGUAUAAGUGAAAUGUAAUUUUUUUUUUCAAUAAAAUACAUUUCCUUUCCUAAA